CACGCCGGCCGGCCCUGGUUCCAGCGCGACGCCACCCGGAACGUGACGGCGCUUCUCGGCCGCAGUGCCUACCUCAGCUGCCGCGUCUGCGCCCUCGGCAACCGCACCCUCUCGUGGGUGCGCCUGCGGGACGUGCACCUGCUCACCGUGGGCGAGAGCACGUACACGAGCGACGAGCGCUUCCGAGCGCGCCACUCGCCGCGCUCGCACGACUGGACCCUGCAGGUCAAGUUCGUGCAGCACCGCGAUGCCGGCAUGUACGCCUGCCAGAUCAGCACCUCGCCGCCCGCCUCCUACCCCGUCCACCUGACCGUCAUAGGUGAGUGA